GAACAGAGGAAGACCGGCGUUUACUGUGUUGAGGAAAUAGCAAAAUAGUAAUAGCUAAAUAUUGAAAAUGGCAGACACAGAAGAAACCGAAGACAAAAAAGAUGAAUUCGCAGCGCGAGACUAUCAAGUGCAGCUUGCCGAUAUGGUCAUUGAAAGGAAUAAAAUCAUAUUUCUUCCUACUGGAAGCGGCAAAACAUUCAUCUCAAUUAUGGUCAUGUUGCAUUUUUUAAAGCAGAACGAUUGUGGUUCCAAGAAAGUUGGCGAAGGUGGCAAGAGAGCCUUCUUUUUAGUAAACACUGUUGCGUUAGUUCAACAGCAACAGCAACAGAUUGAAAAUAAAACCCCGUUCGCAGCCAAGGGCUACUGUGGAUAUAUGGGUGUUGACUUUUGGGAUAAAGAAAAAUGGGACUCUGAGCUUGAACAACACGGAAUUCUCGUCAUGACAGCUCAAAUUUUUCUGAAUCUGUUGCUGGGGAGUUUAAUAACGUUGAAAGACGUUGCUGUCUUGGUGUUUGACGAAUGCCAUCACGCUGUAGUAGAUCACCCGAUGAGACAGAUCAUGCAACGGUUUAAAGACGUGCCUGUCAACGAUCAGCCCCGUGUGCUGGGGCUUACAGCCACUUUGAUAAACAAGAACCUGAGUGUAAACUUGGUGAAACAAGAAAUCAAAACUCUGGAGACGACCUUCUUAAGCCAAAUAGCUACAGCUGACAAUGAAGAGCUGGUUAAAAUGUUCUCGACGAGUCCUCGGGAGUACAAGAGUACUUACUUAGAUAACGACACUCGAGGAAGAGUGUAUAUUAAAAGAAAUAAUCUAUUUGAAAAAUGGACACAUUUUAUUAACUCGUGUAAAUUGAGUGAUGUCGAUACAGCGAACAAAGUCGUUCAGCCGAUAGGCACUAUCCAGGUGUUUGACAAGGCAAAGAAGACGAACAAAGAGCUGAGAAAUGUGCUGCUGGAUAUUGUAGUCAACAUGGAUCAAUUGGGAACGUAUGGAGGCUACGUUGCUGUACUCGCUCGUCUUAUCCAGAUGCAAAAGAUCAUUCACGACUGCGAAUCGGAAGUGUUGAGGACUGUGUUCAACGCUAUCUUCACUAACCUGAUUUUUUUCCAGAAGAUACUUGAGAAUGAGAUGGGUAAAAGGAGUGAAUUGGAACUUAUAAAUCGGUAUUCUUCCCCAAAAGUCCUAAAUUUGUUCCAAAUUUUAGAGAAAUUGAAAAAGGAUGACUCAGUAAUCAUAUUUGUCAAAAGACGAUUCACGGCAAAAAUAUUGCACAAACUGCUCAGUAAUGCCGCUAAAGCAAACCCAAAACUAAGCCACAUACAAUCUGACUUUGUCGUCGGGUAUGCUGUUUCAAAUCCUUUCAAAGACACAAAAGAAAAUCUAGUACAAAAGACCUACAACGACAGAGUUCUUGACAAGUUCAACUCAGGACUUUUGAAUGUCAUAGUCGGCAGCAACGUGGUAGAAGAGGGUAUGGAUGUCUCCAGCUGCAACACCGUGAUAAUGUUUGAUCCCCCGAUGGACUUCCGGUCGUAUGUGCAGAGCAAGGGACGAGCACGACAUUCUACCAGCCGAUACAUCAUCAUGACUAACGACCCAAAGUUUGAUGAGAAACAUUCAACAUUUCAAAAGGUCGAAGCAGAGUUACGCAGAUUGCUCUGUGGGGGACAGUAUUUGUUGAGGGAUGAGCCUGACAAAGACGAAAUUGAUGCGACUCUGUUCAGCAAUAUAAAAGGUCUUGAAACCUUUGCGCCACUCGGACCAAAUGGCCCGACCAUCACAGCUCUGUCGGCCAUUUCACAUGUGAACCGAUACUUUGCGAAUCUGAGGACGGACAAGUUCACACAAAUAACACCGUACUGGUUUAUGAAAAUGGAAUCAGGCCGUAAUGGCACUCAAUACAAAUGCUAUCUCCACUUACCUAUGGAGAGCAAAGUGAAAGGUUGCAUAGAGGGGACGUUUCAAUGCAGCAAAGAAAAUGCCAAACGAUCCGUCGCCCUGGAGGCAUGUAAGAAGCUAUUCAACGAAAUGGAACUUGACCAGGAGAAUCUUCUACCACUUACUGAGGAUGCGAGGACAGUGAACUGUGUGAGCAUGCUGCCAAACUGGGAUGAAGAAGAGAAGUUUAAAAUCGGCACCAAGAAGAGCAAACGAGCAUGGACCAAAAUGUGGCCUGACUGUCUGACUGGCUGCAUACCUGAACCCCAUUCUCAAGUGUACCUUCACCUGAUACAGCAUACUCUCAUGUACAGCCCGCCUACAGACAACAGUAGACUAGUAGCCUACCACCAGACUCUGGCUGCUCCUGUGUCUUUUGCCAUAGUGUCAUCGAAAAGAUUGCCACACUUGGCACCAUUCCCUCUCUACACCAGCACUGGAGAGUUAGAAAUCAACAUUCUGGAAGGAGAGAUCCACAGCUUCACAGAUUCCGAGCUGGCCAAGAUCUCCAUAUUUCAUGGCAUCGUGUUUGAUAAAAUUUGUCGCACAGUCAAUCCUUUCUUGAUCAGAGACUACAGCAACAAAGAAAAUUCGUACCUGAUUGCUCCAGUGAUAGUUGGAGGUGGAAAGUUGAAAGUCGACUGGGAGGUGAUAAAGCAAGGAAACGAACCAUUUACGAGUCCAGAAACAAUACCUUCUGAGGAAACUAGAAGGAGCCUAGAAGUGACGGAAGAAAACUACCUUGGCAUGAUUAUAACUCCUUGGUACAGGCCUGUCCCUGCCACGAACUACUUGGUAACCAAGGUUUGCCACGACAUGAGUGAAGAUUCAGAGUUUCCCUCUGAUGUGUAUAGAACAUACAAGGACUACUUUGCUGAUAAGUACACGAUCACUCCCCUGAUUCAUCAACCUCUGUUGGAAGUGAGAGCGCUGUCAAGCAGGAUGAACAACUUGAAACCGAUGACCUUGACAAAAGCAUUAAAGUUCCUAAACAAAACUGACAAUGAAGAUCUUGAUAUUUCGUUGUUGCCGGAGUUCUGCCACAAGUACCCAGUGCCAGGCCGCUACUGGGUAAAAGCUCGUCUGCUUCCGUCAGUGCUGUAUCGGGUUUCACAGCUGUGCGCAGCCGAGGAGCUGCGUCAGAAGCUGGUUAGGGACAUCAAAAUCGGCAAUGACACUACCCCUCCAGGCAAAUCACUGAAAAAACUGGAAGCAGAUGCAAGUCUGGUGAAACAUGUGCCAUCUGAAGUGAAAACGCAGCAGCUGACUCCAUUGACGUUGAAUCUGCAGAAUCGAGGCUCGGCGUCCGUACAGACCACCAGAGACCCACCGAACAUUUAUCACAACAUGGACGAUGUCACACUGUUCGACAUUGUGACCCAUCAAGAGUUCAUCAAUGAAUCGGUCUACAGCGAGUUUAACAAAGGUGAUGAUGAAGAAAACACUGAAGACACAACUGUCGAAACGGGUGCUUCAAUGGAAGUGGACCCACAGUCUGCCCCUGUAAUAGCUUCAACCUCUUCAGAGGUUUUGGAUCGCCUUGAGCCUAAUCAGAAAAGAAAGGCUGAUUUCCCUGAGAUCCGUGCAAGAAAGAAGCAGAUGAAAGUGUCAGAUAGCAAGGCACCCAAGUUGAUCCAGCCCCCACCUUUAAAGAUGCUGCAGAAGAGUGUUCGAGAUCCCGGCCCAGAACAAGUUCAAAUUCUACAGGCCAUAACAGCAGCUGUGGCCAAUGAUCUGAUCAACUGCGAGCGACUGGAGACUCUUGGAGACUCGUUCCUCAAGUUCUCCAUCUCUCUCACUCUUUUUGAGACGCAGCAAGACUUGAGCGAAGGAUGUCUGACCAACGUGAAAGGACAAGCCGUUGGUAACAGAAACCUUUAUUUUUGUGGAAGAAACAAACAGCUGGGAAAUAUCUUAGAGGUCAAAGAUUUUUCCCCGGGAACAGAGUGGGUUCCUCCGCAGUUCUGUCUUGAAGAGACAAUAAAACUUGUGCUCAUAGAUGCUCUUUUAGACCCCGGCUGCUUGUACUUGAUGAACAUUCCUGAAGAAGACGUUAUUUCAGGGGUAAUAUCUCAACCAGUCAGAGCAGAACUUACAGACAUAAUAGUAAAUGCCAAAGACCUCGAACAUAUCCAGACUUGUGUGUUUACUAACCAGCUGGGACUCACGGACAAAAAUAUAUCAGACGCCGUAGAAGCCAUAAUUGGAGUUUACUUGGAGAACAGUGGCAUUUUCGGAGCUUUGAGAGUGAUGAACUGGUUCGGGGUGAUAGACCCAGAGUUGGCUUCAGAGAAGGUCUUCACAGACAAGAUGGCUUCUCCGACCCGCAGUAUACGCAGUCUUCCCUCUGAACAUCUAGUGAGACCCGAGCACCUGGAGGAGAUGAUCCACUACAAGUUCCAAGACAGAGCUUAUAUGCUACAAGCACUCACGCACCCGUCGUUUCAUCUGAACCACAUUACACAGAGUUACCAGAGACUCGAGUUCCUCGGUGAUGCCAUCAUAGAUUUCCUGAUCACAAUCCACAUAUAUGAGGUUUGCAAGGAGCUACACCCCGGGGAUUUGACAGAUCUGCGGUCGGCUCUGGUGAACAACAUCACGCUCGGCUGCAUAGCAGUGAGGUUCGGCUUGCAGACCUUCUUGCUGCACCGUUCCAAGCCUCUGUACGACAUCAUGGCUCGCUUCGUCAAACAUCAGGAGGAGCGGGGGCACAAGAUUGACAACGACAUAUUAUUCCUGUGUGAAGAGAGGGAAGUGAAGAUGGCUGAGUCCAUAGAAGUGCCUAAAGCUCUUGGGGAUUUGUUUGAAGCCCUCAUUGGAGCUGUUUACCUUGAUUCUGGGAAAAACAUUGAUGUGACUUGGCGAGUUUUAUACUGUUUGAUGCGUGAAGAAAUCGAGACCUUUAAGAAAGACGUUCCAAAGAAUCACGUUAGGAUGCUUUAUGAGUCGAAAUGCCAGCCGGAAUUCAGUUCCCACGUAGAAUCAGAUGGUGUUGUGCUUGUGAAAGUUGAAGUCUUGCACCAAGGAAAAACAAUAGUCUGCAACGGCUUUGGUGACAACAAGUACCAAGCCAAGCGAGCCGCUGCUAAGCAAGCUCUGCGGGUGAUCAGAAGCUCUCUUCCGCAGUAAGACUGUGACUCGUCCAACACUUCUCUUUUGUUUAUUAGUCAUAUUUAAAGAUUUGUAUACAUAAGUGCUUUAAAAAGUGAGGGUUUAAGAUAGGCUUCUUUGUUUGACUUUUUGAGUAUUUUUUAUUUUAUUUUUAGUUUUAAGUUUAUAAAACUUAACGCAAAUUUCACUAUAGGUAAAGCUUUAUUACCUAAAAUAUUAGGUGCAAAGACCAAUAUUGAUAGUACGUACAGGAUGUCAGAUUACAAGGGUGUAAUACUAUAAAAAUCCUCUCAGACAAAUGUUUUUUUAACACCCAGUUGUACCCUUAGCAAAGUCAGAACUGCACAUUCCAAGUGGUUAUUUUAUUUGUUUAGCUCAUGACCACUUAAUAUUUUUUGUUAGUGAAUUUUAUUGUGAACCCUAACUAUUUACAUAGCUAGUAAUAAAGAUUCUUUUAUUAAUUUAUUUCAAUAAAUUAUUUUUUGAUAAAAAGUUUUGUGCAUUUAAUGUUAUGGGAAUUUUGAACAAGUGGUCGUUUUAUUUGUUUAGCUCUUGACCACUUAAUAUUUUACUUAUUGAAUUUUAUUGUGAAACAUAACUAUUUACAUAACUAGUAAUUAAUAUUCUUUUAUUAAUUUAUUUCAAUACAAUAAUUUUCGGUAAAAAGUUUGUGCAUUUAAUGUUGAUGGGAAUUUUGAGGUGACCUUUAUACCUCAUCAUCACCUUUCAUCACCUUUGGACUGGUGUGUCCACUGAUUAUAUUUUUACUAUUUCACUUUUUAAGUUAUUCUUUGCACUCAAAGCUUUCGUGAAGCACGGCUGGUAUUAUAUAACUGUUAUGUAGUUUUAAAGUUUAUUAACCAGCAAAGUGAUGUAAUAAGUUAAGACUGAAUUUUGAUAAUAAAUUUUGAAAUAAAUUUGUUGUCUUAUAAAUAGUUUAUGGCCUUG